UCGAUUCUAAUCUACAACAUAAUUCUAAUAGUACUACUAUAACAUUGACUAUUUAAAAACAAUGAAAUUGAUGAUUCUUAACAUCAUUGAACACUCUUUAUAUCAUUUAGUAGGAGAUUCGAUCUUUGACGGAUACUUAUUAAAAAUAUGUGUUCGGAGAUGUGAAUUCUUUGAAUAAAUCUAAGUACUCAAGAAUUAUUUUGGUUUAAAAAGAAAGAAUAAAGCAACGGUUUUGAUAAAUUGUUAGCUUUGAAUACAAUCCAUGACCCUACAUUAGUGACACUAUCACACUCAAACACAAACACAGCCUCUCUCUCUCCGUCUUGCCUCUCCAGCUGAGUUAAUUUGCUUCAAAUGGUCACCAAAAACCAAAACCGUCCUCCAUUAUCACUCUCAUCCACAUCUCCAACCCCUUCAAAGUUUCAGAAUUUUGUGGGAGAUGAGCACCUGCUAGAUAAAGAGCAACUAGUUGAAGCAGAAAAAAUGGUGGAGACUCCAAUUAAUGGAAGAACAAGACAAGCUUUCAAAGUUGUAAAUGGCGGGCACGAACUUAGCCCAAAUAGUGCUCCUCCAAGCAAUGCUGGAUCAGAUUAUGGUAUAAUAGAAUUCACUAGAGAGGAUGUAGAAGCAUUGCUAAAUGAAAAAGCCAAAAAGAAAGACAGGUUUAAUUAUAAGGAAAGAUGUGAAAAUAUGGUGGAUUAUAUAAAAAGGCUUAAGGUUUGUAUCAGAUGGUUCCAAGACCUUGAGAUAAACUACUCAUUAGAGCAGGAAAAGUUAAAGAAUUCACUGGAAAUGACCCAGCAAAAAAGUAUAGAAAUUGAGUUGCUGCUUAAAAUCAAGGAAGAUGAACUGAAUUCAAUUAUUGUAGAAAUGAGAAGGAAUUGCAGUUCUUUACAAGAGAAAUUGAUAAAGGAAGAAGCAGAGAAGUCGAUUGCAGUGGAAUCUCUUGUUAAAGAGAGAGAGGCAAGGCUUGAUAUUGAGAGGUCACAGACUAUUCAAAGUGCAAAUCAGAAGAUAUCAUCGCUCAAUGACAUGUAUAAGCGGUUACAAGAAUACAUAACAAGUUUACAACAGUACAAUGGAAAACUUCAUACAGAGCUUUCAUCAGUUGAAGAUGAACUCAAACGUGUAGAGAAAGAGAAGGCUAAUGUAGCAGAGAACAUCUCUAUGUUAAGGGGUCAACUUACUCUAUCCAUUUCUUCUCAAGAAGAGGCCACAAAACAGAAGGAUGCUCUUGCUAGUGAAGUUGCUUCUCUUAGAGGAGAGUUGCAACAAGUAAGAGAUGACCGAGACCGUCAAUUAUCUCAAGCGGAAAAUUUAAAUGCUGAAUUCGUGCAAUUAAAAGAAUCUAGAGAAACCUCCUGCAUUGAAUUGGACAACUUGACAUUAAAAGCAAAUGAGCUGGAGGAAAAAUGUUCUUUGAAAGGUAAUCAACUAAAGGCAUUGAAAGAACAGUUAGCAGCUGCAGAGAAGAAACUGCAGGUGUCUGAUAUAUCUGUAUAUGAGACAAGGACAGAAUUUGAAGGGCAACAAAAGUUUGUUGAUGAGUUGCAAAGACGCUUGGAAGAUGCAGAAUACAAACUUAUAGAAGGGGAAAGGCUGAGGAAAAAAUUACACAAUACCAUUUUGGAGUUAAAAGGGAACAUCCGCGUAUUCUGUCGGGUGAGGCCUUUGUUGGCUGAUGAAAGUCGUAGCACAGAAGGAAAGAUAUUCAGUUAUCCAACAUUGAUGGAAGCUUCUGGAAGAGCAAUUGACCUAACCCAAAAUGGCCAGAAACAUUCUUUUACAUUUGAUAAAGUUUUUAUACCAGAGACAUCACAAGAAGAAGUUUUUGUAGAAAUUUCACAACUUGUACAAAGUGCUCUUGAUGGUUAUAAGGUUUGCAUCUUCGCCUAUGGUCAAACAGGAUCAGGGAAAACCUAUACAAUGAUGGGAAGACCUGGACAUCCGGAAGAAAAGGGAUUGAUACCUCGUUCGUUAGAACAAAUAUUUCAAACAAAACAGUCUCAGCAACCUCAAGGAUGGAAAUACGAGAUGCAGGUGUCAAUGUUGGAAAUAUACAAUGAAACCAUUCGUGAUCUGAUACCUACACAUAGAUCCUCGUCGGAUACAACACGCCUGGAAAAUGGUACUCCUGGAAAGCAAUAUACAAUCAAACAUGAUGCAAGUGGAAAUACACAAGUUUCUGAUCUUACAGUAGUGGAUGUUCAGAGUGCGAAAGAAGUCGCGUUUCUUUUAAAUCAAGCUGCAAAUAGCAGAUCUGUGGGAAAAACUCAGAUGAAUGAACAAUCAUCAAGAAGUCAUUUUGUGUUCACUCUACGAAUAUACGGUGUAAAUGAGAGCACUGAUCAACAAGUACAAGGUGUUCUGAAUCUAAUUGACCUUGCUGGUAGCGAGCGUCUUUCGAAGAGUGGUUCAACAGGUGACCGGUUGAAAGAAACUCAGGCAAUCAAUAGAAGCUUGUCAUCAUUGAGUGAUGUCAUAUUUGCCUUGGCCAAGAAGGAAGAUCAUGUGCCAUUCAGGAACUCAAAGCUUACAUAUCUGCUCCAACCUUGUCUAGGUGGAGACUCCAAGACACUAAUGUUUGUAAACAUUUCACCCGAUCCUUCUUCGGUUAGCGAGUCACUAUGCUCACUUAGGUUUGCUUCGAGAGUAAAUGCUUGUGAGAUUGGAACACCUCGUCGCCAGACCAAUGGUCGUGCGACAGACUCUCGUUUGAGCUAUUUCUGAUCUUCAGAAACAAAGAUGUAUAUUUUUUUAACCAUUUGUGGCAAUCAAGUGACAGAGUGAGUGAGUACUAUAAUAAAAAAUGAAAAAGAGUUUGAUUCUAACAACGGCAUGUAGCUUGUAUAGUGAAAGUAAUUGAGCAUUGCAUUUAGUUGAAUACCCCUUGUAGUAGUUUAGUUUGUUAUUCUGCUUAAUCUUAUGUAUUUAUUUUUACAA